AACGGAAUAAUCGGCAAAGCGGCCUCCGGUUGCGCAGGCAAGAACUUCUACACCCGAGGUGCCUUUCUUAACGCCCUUAAUUCCUACCCUCGUUUCGCUCAGGAUGGCUCCGCCGAUGACUCGAAGCGCGAGAUUGCUGCUUUCUUUGCACAUGUCACACACGAGACUGGACACUUCUGCUACAUAGAAGAGAUCGAUGGUGCCUCAAAGGACUACUGUGACGAGAGAAACACGCAGUAUCCAUGCGUUCCGGGCAAAGGAUAUUACGGCCGUGGUCCGAUCCAAAUAUCCUGGAACUACAACUACGGACCUGCCGGACAGAGCAUCGGAUUCAACGGUCUGAAUGCUCCGGAGACUGUGGCUAAGGACGUGGUGGUGUCUUUCAAGACUGCAUUCUGGUUCUGGAUGAACAAUGUCCAUUCGGUCAUGAGACAAGGAUUCGGCGCCACGAUAAGAGCCAUUAAUGGCGGUGAAUGUGGAGGAAGAAACUCCGGCGCUGUUCAGGCUCGAGUUAGGUAUUACACCGACUACUGUAAGAAACUCGGUGUGUCGCCGGGUGACAACCUUACUUGUUAGAAUACAGUAAUUAAUUACUAACAGAGAUCUCUAUGAAGUUGCAUUCACAGGGAAAUUGAAUGAACAGUACUCUAGUACUGUAGCAUUAAUAGAAAAGAAAAUGGAGUGUAACGUAAAUUAAAUAAUUAAUAAAGGGAUCGGAAGCCUUCUACUA